CGACGGCUGCGGAGCUGGCCGCGAGCUGUUGCUCUUUCUAGUUGCUCCCUUCCAGGCUCCGUCCGGUGGUCGGCAUGGCCCGUGGAAAUCAACGAGAACUUGCCCGCCAGAAAAACAUGAAGAAAACCCAAGAAAUUAGCAAAGGAAAAAGAAAAGAGGAUAGCUUGACUACCUCUCAAAGAAAGCAGAGGGACUCUGAGAUCAUGCAGCAAAAGCAGAAGGCAGCUAAUGAGAAGAAGUCUAUGCAGACAAGAGAAAAAUGAUGACUGUCUAUGCAGAAAACCUGGGUGCUACUGCCAACUGUGUAUCAUAAGCUCGAAGAUCAAGAUUUUGUAGCAUGAACAGUCAUUACAUAUGUUAUAACUUAUCCUUGUAAAACUGUCUAUUUUAAACUUUACCUUUCAACUUGACUUUACGUGAUGUUUUAGAGCCUUUCUUCAAAGAAUAAAAUACUAACCAUACAUGUGACUUAUUGGUGAAUUUUAUUGUUGUUAGCAGUGAACAUUGAUAUAAUUUAUUAGGUAAGUAAUGUGAUCAUUCAAAUAAAUCUAGAAUUUUUUGUCAUCAA